UUUCGCUUUGUUUCUUCAACGGCCGGUUUAUUCCUCAUCGCAAAAAUCGGAAAGUGGUAAGCGCGUAUCCAGACGCACUAAAUUUGCAUUUUUCCUGUGCAAUUCUCCGGAUAAGGACAAUAAUUUGGAAGCAAAUCGUUUUUUGAAGUUUUAACCGUGCGUGCAUUUCGAAUUAAUAUUGUUAACGGGUAGUGCGAGAGAAGUGUUGAAGGUAAAUCAUUGGUAAACAGUGCCCACGAGGUGGAAUCUGCCCGGAAAACUAUGGAAGUGACCGAGAACAACUUUGAGCGUCUUGCCAGCUAUCUGCAGCAGACAUUGAGUCCUGAUCCAGAAGUGCGACGGCCCGCGGAACGCUUCAUCGAGAGCAUUGAAGUGAGCCAGAAUUAUCCGCUGCUGUGCUUGAAUCUAAUUGACCGACUCCAGGUGGACAUCACAAUCCGAGUGGCCGCGGCCAUCGCGUUCAAAAACUUCGUCAAACGGAACUGGGGCUAUCAUCUGGAUAACGAUGGACCGGAUAAGGUAGCCGAAUCGGACCGGAACGGUAUCAAGCAGAUGAUUGUCCCCUUGAUGCUGAAGUCUCCGUCGUCGAUCCAGAAACAGCUCAGCGAUGCGGUCAGUAUUAUAGGGAAGUACGACUUCCCGUUGAAGUGGCCCCAGCUAAUGGACGAAAUGAUUGAGAAGUUUGCCACCGGAAACUUCAGUGUGAUCAACGGCGUCCUCCAGACGGCUCAUUCGCUGUUCAAGCGCUAUCGCUACGAGUUCAAGUCGCAAGAGCUGUGGGAGGAGAUUAAGUUUGUCCUGGACAAGUUGGCCAAACCGUUGACGGAUUUGCUUCAGGCCACUUUGGGCCUAGCGGAAGCGCACGCUAACAACGAAGAAGCGCUCAAGGUCAUCUACGGGUCACUGGUUUUGGUGUGCAAAGUGUUUUACUCGUUGAAUUCCCAAGAUUUGCCGGAGUUCUUUGAGGACAACAUGGACACCUGGAUGAAGGCAUUCCACGGUAUGCUGACUAUCGACAUUCCAUGCUUGAAAACGGCGGAAGAUGAGGAUGCCGGGGUCCUGGAGCACUUGCGAUCGCAGAUAUGCGAGAAUCUCUGUUUGUACGCCCAGAAGUACGACGAAGAAUUCGGACCUUACAUGCCACAGUUUGUGACUGCCGUGUGGGAAUUGCUGGUCAAUACAGGAAUUCAGACGAAGUACGACACGCUGGUCUCGAAUGCGCUGAACUUCCUGAGCACGGUAGCCGACAGGAACCAUUACCGGCAUCUGUUCGAAGAUCCAAACGUUUUGGCGAGCAUCUGCGAAAAGGUCAUCAUUCCCAACAUGGACUUCCGCGUGUCGGACGAAGAGCUCUUCGAGGACAACCCAGAGGAGUACAUUAGAAGGGACAUAGAAGGAUCCGACGUGGAAACCCGACGUCGGGCAGCAUGCGACCUCGUGAAGACCCUCUCGCAGAACUUCGAAUCCAAAAUCAUCGAAAUCUUCGGACAAUAUCUGCAAGUUCUGUUGGCCAAGUACGCCGAAAACCCAGCCAACAAUUGGAAAACCAAGGAUACCGCCAUCUAUCUAGUCACUUCGAUGGCUUCCAAGGGUCAAACCCAGAAGCUGGGAGUCACUCAAACCUCCGAACUGGUUCCGCUCCCUCAAUUCACCCAGCAGCAGAUCAUCCCGGAACUCGAACGCGCCGAUGUCAACGAACUUCCGGUCCUGAAAGCAGACGCCCUCAAGUUCAUCAUGACCUUCCGCACGAUUCUUGGACCGCAGAUCAUCGUGGCCACGCUGCCCCUGGUGGCGAAACAUCUCGCCGCCGGAAAUGUGGUCGUGCACAGUUACGCUGCCUGCGCCAUCGACAAGAUCCUCACCAUGAAGGGACCGGACAACAAACCGAUCGUCACCAAGGAAAUCCUGGCUCCCCUGAGUGCCGAACUGAUAACAGGUCUGUUCGCGGCCUUCACCGUCCAGGGCUCCAACGAGAACGAGUACAUCAUGAAGUGUAUCAUGCGCACGUUGAACACCCUGCAGGAGGCGUCGCUCCCAUUCAUGAUUGUCGUGCUGCCGCGGUUGACGGAGAUCCUGACGGUCGUGGCCAGGAAUCCCUCGAAGCCGCACUUCAACCACUAUCUGUUCGAAACGCUGUCGCUGUCGGUCAAACUCGUAUGCAAAGCGGAUCCCAAUGCAGUCAGCUCUUUCGAGGAAGCACUCUUCCCAGUAUUCCAGGGCAUUCUGCAGCAGGACGUUCUCGAGUUCAUGCCAUACGUGUUCCAAAUGUUGUCGCUCUUCCUGGAAAUCCGCGAGGGUAAAAGUGCCAUCCCGGAUACGUAUCUGUCGCUGUUCCCCUGUCUGUUGGCACCCGCUCUCUGGGAGCGACCGGGCAACGUUACGCCGCUGAUUCGACUGCUGUGCGCCUUCGUACGUCAAGCUUCCCCACAAAUUAGCGCCGAUGGCAAGCUGAACGGUGUCCUCGGAGUGUUCCAGAAGAUGAUCGCCUCCAAGAGCAACGAUCACGAGGGAUUCUACCUGAUGCAGAACCUUCUGCUGCACUAUCCGACUGAUGAACUAGGACAAAGUAUGCGGCAGAUAUUUUCGUUGCUGUUCCAGCGAUUGAGUUCAUCUAAAACAACAAAAUUCGUGCGGAGUUUCAUCGUGUUUCUAUGUCUCUAUGCAUCCCGUGUAGGAGCUCAGGCUCUUGUGCAGCUUAUCGACAACAUCCAAACUAACAUGUUCGGCAUGGUCAUCGAGCGUAUCUUCAUACCGGACAUCAACAAAGUGUCCGGAGAGCUGGAGCAGAAGAUUGUCUCGGUCGGCAUCACUAAGCUGCUCUGCGAAGCCCCGGAGCUUCUGUCGGAUGCGUACGUAAAAUUCUGGCCCCAGCUGCUGCAAACGGUCAUUCAGAUCUUUGAACUUCCGCCGGACGAGUCCAACAUUGACGGUGAUACCUUCAUUGAGAUCGAGGAUGUCCCUGGGUAUCAGGCUGCCUAUUCGCAGCUCAAUUUCGCUCAGGCCAAACCGAUCGAUCCCUUGCCGGAGGUGGCCAACACUCGUCAGUUCCUGGUGCAGAACCUUGGCAAACUGGCCCAAUCGAAUCCGGGUAAGAUCGGGGUCCUGGUGGCGUCGCUGCCAGUGGCCCACCAGGAAGCUCUGCAGAAGUACUGCGCCCAGAGCGGGGUGCAACUCGCUUAAGUUACAUUUAUCAUUCGCGCGCUUGAUAUUCGUCACAUACUACCAUGUACACUCAUUUUCAUCGUUCUACAAUUAAAGCCAACUACAUUAAGCCAUAGGGUAUCAUUAGUGUUAUCGUGUAAGUCAGAGUUUGAAUAAAGCUACUAGGUGUUACUUUUUA